AACAUCGUCACUUUCCGUCGCCGCUUCACGAAUAUUCUGUAUUAAAUCAUUUUUUCCUUCAUUUUAUCCGAAAAUUUCUCUCUCUCCGAAAUUCUUCGACUCUUCGCAAUUAUUUCCCUCUCACCAUGGCACUACACGUACCAAAAGCACCCGGCUUCUCGUCUAUGUUGAAAGAGGGUGCCAGGCAUUAUAUGGGCCUUGAAGAAGCUAUCUAUAGAAAUAUUGAUGCUUGUAAAGAGAUAGCGAAAACAACCAGGUCUGCUUAUGGUCCUCAUGGUCAGAAUAAAAUGAUCAUUAACCACAUUGAGAAACUAUUUGUCACCAAUGAUGCUGCUACAAUUCUUAACGAGUUAUCUGUUCAACAUCCAGCUGCCAAGAUGCUGGUGAUGGCUAGUCAGCAGCAAGAACAAGAAUGUGGUGAUGGUACAAAUGCUGUUCUGAUUCUGGCUGGUUCCUUCCUAGAACACGCCGAAGAACUACUUCGCAUGGGUUUGUCUGUCCCUGAAGUAAUUGAGGGCUACGAGAUUGCUUACGCUAAAGCUACAGAAUACUUACCAGAACUUGUUGUUGGCCAAGUUAAAGAUCUACGAAACAGGGAAGACGUCAGAAAAGUAAUUCGUUCUGCUGUUAUGAGCAAACAAUACGGUUCCGAAGAUUUCUUAUCUGAUCUAAUUACUGAUGCUUGUAUUGGAAUAUUAUCCAUGAAAAAUACUUUCAAUGUUGAUAAUGUCAGAGUAUGCAAGAUUCUGGGUUGUAGUAUGAUGAAUUCCAGUGUGCUUCAAGGAAUGGUUUUCAAGCGUGCAGUUGAAGGUGAUAUCACUAAAGCAGAGAAAUGCAAAAUAGCUAUCUAUUCCUGCCCAUUAGAUUCUUUGCAAACAGAAACUAAGGGAACUGUCCUGAUAAAAACUGCCGAAGAAUUGCUGAAUUUCAGCAAAGGUGAAGAGGACCAAAUGGAAAAGCACAUUCAAACCAUUGCUGACUCUGGUGUUAAUGUGAUUGUUACCGGUGGUAAAGUUGGUGAGCUUAGUCUCCACUAUUGCAACAAAUAUAACUUGCUAGUCGUUCGUCUUUUAUCCAAAUUUGACCUUAGAAGAUUGGCUCGUUCCGUGUCAGCAACUGUCCUCCCCAAAAUUACUGUUCCAACCACCGAAGAGAUGGGAUUUUGCGACCAUGUUUAUGUAGAUGAAAUUGGAGAAACUGCUGUUGUGAUAUUUAAACAAGAGAAGGAUGACACUGCAAUCUCUACAAUUGUAGUCAGGGGUUCCUCUGACAAUAUUGUAGACGAUAUUGAAAGAUGUAUUGAUGACGGUGUCAACACAUUUAAAGCUAUGACAAAGGAUAGUAGAUUGGUUGCUGGUGCCGGUGCAGUAGAAAUUGAACUGGCUAAAAGAAUUACUACUUUUGGUGAGAGUAUUCCUGGCUUAGAACAAUAUGCUAUUAAAAAGUAUGCCCAGUCAUUAGAGGUUCUUCCUCAGUCUUUGGCUGAAAAUACCGGUGCAAAGAGCCGAGAAGUUCUUUCCAAGUUGUAUGCCUCUCAUCAAGAAGGUAAACAGAAUGUUGGUGUGAAUAUUGAGGAUGUUGGUGGUGUUAUGGAUUCAGUAGAGAAAAAUAUUUUAGAUCUUUAUACAAAAUUUUUCUGGAUAUUGAAGUUUGCCACUACAGCUGCUUGCACAGUGCUCAAUGUUGACCAGAUCAUUAUGGCCAAACCUGCAGGUGGUCCCAAGACCCGAGAGACCAAAGACUGGGAUGAAGAUUAAUCUCAUUAACUUUCAUUUAUACCAAGCAUUCAUUAUCAUGUAUAAUAGGUUGCAUUAUUUAUUCCUUUUUUUUAAAAAGAAGAAGAAAAAAAUAUUUACUGGCUUCAUAUUAAGUACCAUCUCUAAUUUCCAUUUAUACCAGAAAUGUGAUGGAAAGGUCAUUAUCUUUCCACAGGGGGUUUCAUACUGAGAAAAACCUUUAAAACAAGAUUGGAAGAAGAUAAAACAAAAAAGAAACCUGCUUUGCUACAAUGUAUGUGUAUUGUAAUUGGAAACCAAAAUAAAACAUUUGUUUGAA